AUGUCUCAAAUCCGAGUCGCAGCGUGCCAUCUGUCACCGAUUGUCUUCUCAGCACGAGCGACAACAGACAAAUGCAUCGCAGCCAUCAAAACAGCUGCUAAGAACGCUACUGGCCUUGUCGUAUUUCCAGAAUCGUUCAUUCCCGCGUUUCCCGUAUGGAGUGCAUUGCAGGCACCCACUGACAACCACGACUUCUUCAGACUCAUGACGUCCGAGUCAGUGGUCGUCUCCAACGGCAAGUAUGUUGACGCCAUACGAGAAGAGGCAAAGAAGAACGGAAUCAUGGUUAGUCUCGGCAUUUCUGAGAGAUUAAGUAGCAGAGAUGGGACGCUAUAUAAUUCGAAUCUACUCAUCGGUGCAGACGGCGGAAUACUCGCCCAUCACAGGAAGCUCGUGCCAACGUUCUUCGAGAAAUUGACCUGGGCCCCUGGAGAUGGUGCUGGACUAGUAGUGCCUCAGACGCCCUUUGGACGUAUUGGAGCCUUAAUAUGUGGUGAAAACACAAAUCCACUUGCCCGCUUCUCACUGAUGGAGCAGGGAGAGCAAGUUCACAUCAGCACUUUCCCUCCGAUCUGGCCAACGCGAGUACCGUCUACGUCUGCUUCGUCGGGCAAAAACUAUGACAACGUUGCUGCAAACAGAACACGAGCCGCUGGUCAUUGUUUUGAAGCAAAGUGCUUUGGUCUUGUUUGCUCAGGAUACCUGGACAAUGCGUCGAUUGAAAAGAUCUCCUCCAUGUCUACUGAUCAGGCCUUCAUGCGAGAUGCAUUGGCUGGCUCUCCGCGGGCAGCAACGUUUUUCUUGGAUCCUACUGGGGCUGCGAAGAAUGGAUAUACGGUUGACAACAGAACAGGCGAGCAGAAGGUGGUCGAGUACUUGCGGGACACGGAGAAUGUCUUGUACGCUGAUCUCGAUCUAAAUGAGACAAUCGAAGGCAAGCAGUACCAUGACGUUGCAGGUGGGUAUCAGAGAUUCGAUGUGUUCAAGUUCGAAGUCAAUCGGUCCAGAAGGAUAGGAACGUAA